UUGUGGAAGCCAACAACGCAUCGAACCAGCAGUCGAGCAACAGUCAGUCAGCAGCAUUGUCGUCGUCCGGUAGUGUUUAGUGGCCACCAGCGAGAGCGCGCUUUUUCGAAAAUUCUCAAAAAAAAUACUAAAGUAACAAAUCAUUCGUGGAAGUCGGCGGAAAAGCAUACAAAAUAAAAUUGUCUGUACGGAAUAAUUUACGUGCAAUUUUUUUUGAAAAAUAUUGAAAUUAUUUACGCGCUUGGUGCAGUGCAGAAAAUAAACCAAAACAAAUUUGAAUGCGCAAAUUUCCAAUAUUUUAAAUUUUCCCAAAAACGUGUGGUUUUACCCCCGUGUGUGAGUGUGUUGGGUUUGCACCAAACUACUGGAUGCAAAUAUUAAAAUAACAAAAGAUAUAUCUUAUAGCAAGCAGAGCUAAGUAAAACAAAGCAAGUGCCUUUUCAAUUACAAAAAAAAUAUAUAUAUAUAUAUAUAAAUAAUAUUUACAACAACACAAGUCUACUAUAUAAAUACAAAAUAAAAAAUGUCCACUUCAGCGUAUAUCCUGUCGCUACUCUUGGCGUUGGCAUUAGGUGGCACUGCGGUCGACGCUUUGCUGAGAUGUUGGCGCUGCUCAACUGAUGUCUCUAAUGGUGGCUUCUGCGAUGAUCCCUUCGAUCCGGAGUUCAUUUCUGACCAGCAACGCUACUGGAGUUACGUGAAUUGCUCAUAUUCGGCGAGUUACAAGGCGGUCAAUGCACGACCCGUGUGUAAGAAACUCGUGCAAGAAGUAUAUGGCAAGCGUGUUAUUUCACGCUCCUGUUUCUAUGAAGAUUACGAAGACUCCUCCGAUCGCUGCGGUCACGAAACAGGCUCAUCGUACAUCAAAACGAUUUUCUGUCAAACCUGCAGCACCGACGGUUGCAACGGCACCGCCGCUUUCGCACCAUACGCCGCGUUAGUGCUACUACCGAUCGGCACGUUGCUAAUCAAACUGUUCAAAUGAGGAUCGUCGAGAUGGGAGCGCAGUUGAGGUUAUGGCAGGAGUCGCUUGGAGUCCACCUUUGCAAUGCUUUUUAUUAUUAAGACAAAACCAGCUCUUUAGUUUUAUGUUUUCAAUACAUAAGUCACAUUUAAACAUACUAUAAGUUAGCGAAUUAAUUUUGCGAUGUACACAAAAACAAAGUAUUUAUAAUUCAUCCGAAAUGUUUUUAUAACUAUAGAAUAUUUGUCUAGCUUCUAGUUAAAUUUACCUCUUUAAAAACCAAAUAUUUAGAUGAAUUUUUUCUCAAAAUUUUGAAUAAAUCUAUUAACAAACUUGAAGCAGUACUCAAUGAAAUUCGCACAAAACACAAAGAUUAUGAAUAAUAAAACUUAACAAAAAAAUCAGCACCGCAGGAUUGCACAUACGUAUUGUUACACCAAUGAACUCUAAAUAAUCAGGAAAUUAUGGCAUAACGGUUUCUAAUACACAAAUAUUCAAUAAAUCUUUAAGUAUCAGCACUCGGAGCAGCAUUACGAAGUAUUUCAAAAACCAAACAUAAAUAACAUCGUUAAAACAAAUCACCCCUGAAUCCUGCUAUUUACAUAUUUCUAUAAAAAUAGUGAUUUGAUUGAUUUUAAACUAUUAAAUGAAUUGAUAUAGCUGACCUAGUAUUAAAUGAAUUAUUUCGAAAUUGAAGUAAUUAAUUUGGCAUCACCUUUGUCAUACAAUUUAUAUUUAUUAUAUGGUACAAUUUUAAGAAUGUAAGAACAACAGAUGUCCCAAUAAACUGAGUGAUUAUUAAAUUGUAGAA